AAUACAAUAAAGUUAGAGAGAGAAACCAUCGAUAUAUUAGAGCGAGAAUACACCCAAACCGAACCGAACCGAACCGAACCCAAUCCACCAGUCACUACCGCACAACACAUACACUGUCACACUAGUUCGUGAAUCGGUAUCACUUAGCUCACUCUCACACUCAACAAUAGCAAUUACAAAUUCCCUCUCUCACUCAAUUAAUUAUUCUCUUUUCUUCUCUAUAAUUUACAAUUUCUUUUGGAGCAUUUUAUCGAACAUAUUACAUAAAACAUUAAAAUUUGAAAAAGGCGUAAAAAAAGAGAGAAAAAAAACAAUUCGAUGGCAGCUAUUGGAGAGUGCAGGACUGUUGUUGGUUACUCUGUUCGUAGUUUCUCUUUCAUUGACCAGAGAUCAUACACACACCUUUUCGAGUAUUUCUAUCAUUAUUAUAAUCGUUGUUUUUGCAUCUUUCUUCUUCUUUUUCCUCGCUAAUCUCUACUAUACAAUUGAAUUAAUUAUAAUAUUAAUUUAUUAUUAUUGUUUUUGUUGUUCCCCAAAUCUAACCGCACAUCUCAAUCACACUCACCCAUCUCAGAAAAAAGGAAAAGGGGUAAAAUUUGUAACGAGAUAGAGAUAGAGGAAGAGUUGGUGAAAUGUUAGAGAGAGAAGCUCCGAAUUCGCGUUUCCAGCUACCCCUUUUGGCUCUGAUUCCCUUUUGUUGUUCGUAUGCUUCAUGGCAUUUUGGUUUUUGGGUUAUUUCUGAGGGGGGGUUUUAGGGGUUCUCUGGAGCUAGAGGGAGUUUGUUCUGGAAGGUUCGUUGUUUGUUAUGUGUGUGUGAGCUUGAUCGUUGGGUAUGGAGUGUGGUUCUGAAGGAGAGAAGAAGAAGAAGGCAGUGGAGGUAGAUAAUAAGACCAAGCGCAAAAUGAAGACGGCUUCACAGUUGGAGGUUCUGGAGAAAACCUAUGCUGUUGAGGCUUACCCUUCUGAGGCUUUGAGGGCUGAGCUAUCUGUGAAGCUGGGACUGUCAGAUCGUCAAUUGCAAAUGUGGUUCUGUCACCGGAGACUGAAGGACAGGAAGGCUGUGCCAGUUGCCAAGAAGCCGCAAAAUGAUUCGCCGCCGGCAGGGGCGGCUUUGGCAGCGGUGAGGGAGGGCGUUGAGCAAGUAGCAGUUGCUGAAGUUAGGCAUGAUUGUGGUUUGGCUUCUGGAAUGAGGCCAUUUGGUCAUCUGGAUUCACGGCGAGUUGUGCCGUGGCUUGGGAUGGUGGCCUUCCCUAGGAUGGAAGCUGGAUUGCUAGCGAUGGAGACUGGCAGUUACAAUGAUCCUAAUCAGACCAUAGCGGAGCUGCGAGCUAUUGCUUUUGUGGAAAGACAGUUGGGGGAGCCGUUGAGAGAGGAUGGACCUGUUCUGGGAAUGGAAUUUGAUUCCUUGCCGCCAGGUGCAUUUGGUGCACCAAUAGGGGCGGUGACAAUGGGGCAGCACAGGCAAUCUGGAAGGCCUUUUGAGGCAAAAAUUUAUGAGCAACUGGACAAGGGUGUUUCAAGGACUCUGCAUGAAUAUCAAUUUAUUCCAGAGAAACCAACAGUUAGAAAUGAGGCAUAUGAGAGAGUUGCCCCUUCUAUCCACUAUAGUUCUCUUGAUGGCGUUCCACAUUCUAGGACUUUAUUAUCCAGUGAGCGAUCUUUCCUGAAUGGGAAUGAAUCUGCUCCUUAUAGGUUUGGAAUUCGAGGACAGAUACCUGGUGUAAAUAUUUUGUCUCAGCAAGGUAGGCAGAAUAAUCUUUUCCUACCUGCUUCAGGAGAGAAUGAUGGUGUUUUGCAAAAGAACCAAUUUGUUGAUGUAACUGCUGACAUUCAUAGUGGGGCUCACCUUAUAACUCUGAUCAACAGCCCUCUAAUGCCAUCUGACAAGAUGGUUAUCCCUGAUGAGGAACUAUCAAGGUUUCAAAGGAAGCGAAAGAAUGAAGAGGCUAGAAUGCAACGCGAACUUGAAGCACAAGAGAAAAAAAUUAGAAAAGAUCUUGAAAAACGGGAUAUUCUAAGGCAAAAGAGAGAAGAACAAAUAAAGAAAGAGAUGGAGAGGCUUGAACGUGAAAGGCGGAAGGAAGAGGAAAGGUUAUUGCGUGAAAGACAGCGAGAGGAGGAAAGGUACCAAAGAGAACAAAGGCGUGAACUGGAGCGGCAGGAUAAGAUUUUACAGAAGGAAUCAAUCAGAGCUGAGAAACUGAGACAGAGGGAAGAAUCACGCAGGGAGAAAGAGGCAGCAAGGAUCAAAGCUGCCAAUGAGAGAGCUACUGCUCGCAGAAUUGCUAAAGAAUCGGUGGAACUUAUUGAAGAUGAACGUCUGGAACUCAUGGAGUUAGCUGUAACAAAGAAGGGGCUUUCUUCAAUAUUGGCUCUUGACUAUGAAACUAUUCAAAAUAUUGAAUUAUAUGGAGAUGCACGGACAUCUUUCCCACCCAAGUCUGUUCAGUUGAAAAGAAUCAUUUCUGUUCAACCUUGGUCAGAUUCUGAAGAGAAUGUAGGAAAUCUUCUGAUGGUUUGGAGGUUCUUGAUUACCUUUGCUGAUGCUCUUGGAAUAUGGCCAUUUACCUUGGAUGAACUUGUACAAGCUUUUCAUGACCAUGAUCCAAGGUUGUUAGGUGAGAUUCAUAUCGCACUAUUGAGGUCCAUUAUAAAAGAUAUUGAAGAAGUUGUAAGAACACCGUCUACUGGAUUAGCAGCUAACCAAAACAGUGUUGCCAACUCUGGUGGGGGGCAUCCACAUGUAGUUGAAGGGGCAUGUAUGUGGGGUUUUGAUAUAAGAAGUUGGCAGCAACAUUUAAAUCCAUUAACAUGGCCAGAGAUUUUGCGACAAUUUGCUUUGUCAGCAGGAUUUGGGCCCCAAUUGAAGAAACAGAAUAUUGAGCAGGUGCACCCUUGCAAUAAUAAUGAGGGCAAUGAUGGUAGAGAUAUAAUUUCUAAUCUACGCAGUGGAGCAACUGUUGAAGAUGCUGUUGCUAUUAUGCAAGAGAAGGGAUUAUCUAACCCAAGAAGAUCUAGGCAUUGCUUGACACCUGGAACUGUUAAAUUUGCUGCAUUUCAUGUUCUUUCUCUUGAAGGAAGCAAAGGCCUUAAUAUAUUGGAAGUUGCAGAAAAGAUUCAGAAAUCUGGACUUCGUGAUCUUACAACAAGCAAAACACCAGAGGCUUCUAUAGCUGCUGCUUUGUCUAGGGAUACAAAACUAUUUGAAAGGACAGCUCCUUCAACAUAUUGUCUACGUUCUGCAUAUAGAAAGGACCCAGCUGAUUCUGAGGCAAUUUAUUCCGCUGCCAGGGAAAGAAUCACGAUAUUCAAAAGUGGAUUUGUGAAUGCAGAGGAAGCUGAUGAUGGUGAAAGGGAUGCAGAUUCUGAGAGUGAUGUGGCAGAAGAUCCUGAAAUUGAUGAUUUAGGAACUGAAAUAAAUUCAAAAAAGGAGAGUUCAAAUUAUGAGGAAUCAAAUGCAAACUCUGCGAUGAGAUAUAGAAUGGACAAUGGUUUAGAUGUUGAUGAAAGCAUUCCAGGUGAACCAUGGGUACAAGCGCUUACAGAGGGAGAGUACUCGGACCUUAGUGUAGAGGAGCGUCUUCAUGCUCUUGUUGCUUUGAUUGGUGUGGCAACUGAAGGAAAUACAAUUCGUGUUGUACUUGAGGAACGUCUAGAAGCAGCAAAUGCUUUAAAAAAGCAGAUGUGGGCAGAAGCACAGCUUGAUAAACGCCGUGUCAAAGAGGAUUACUUUGUUAAGAUGCUGUCUGUCUCAUAUUUGGGCAAUAAGAAUGAGUUACCUGUUGUGUUUCCCUCAGUAGAGCAUAGACAGAGCCCAGUGCUUACUGUUGACAACAACAAUGAUAAGACUGUGCUCACUUCCAAUGACCAGCAUAAACAGCAGGAUGAACUACGGGAAAAUCAAAAUCAUCUUCAGAGUUCCCCGCCAGAAGUCAACAUGCAGAUGCAAGAUUGUUCAACUGGCCCAGAUAGUUAUUCUUUCCAACAAUCAGGAUAUGCUGCUGAAAAAUCAAGAUCAAAUUUAAAGUUAUACAUUGGCCACUUGGCAGAGCAAACUUACACGUAUAGGUCAUUACCUCUUGGUUUGGAUCGAAGACAUAAUUGUUAUUGGCAAUUCAUCACAUCUUCUCAAAAUGAUCCAGGUUGUGGCAGGAUUUUUGUGGAGUUGCAUGAUGGUUGUUGGAAGCUGAUUGAUUCUGAAGAGGGUUUUGAUGCUUUAUUGGCUUCUUUGGAUGUACGUGGGAUCAGGGAGUCCCACUUGCAUAUGAUGUUGCAAAGAAUCGAGAUGUCGUUCAAGGAAUCUGUUAGAAGGAAUGUACAAAAUGUUAACAUGAGAAUGCAAAAUGGAGAUACUGUUGAGAGACUCAAGAUAGAAACUGUUGAAAUGGCUUCAAAACCAGAUUGCAGUGAUUAUCAUUGUCCUACUUCUGUAUGCAUUGAUAACUUGGAUGCAUCAGAAAUGUCAACAUCUUUUGUGGUCCAGCUUGGAACAAACGAAGCUGAUAACACAGAUGCUUUUAUGAGAUAUUGGGACUUUGAGAAAUGGAUGCAAAAGGAAUGCCUAAAUUCCUCAGUUUUAUGUGCAAUGAAGUUUGGGAAGAAGAGGUGCCGCCAACUGCUGUCCAUAUGUGAUUUGUGCCAUCAUGUCUAUUUCUCUAGUGGACUUCCUUGUCCUUCCUGCAGUAGAACCUUCAGUGCUUGUAAGAGCAACUUUAGUUCUUCUGAACAUCUUCAUUCUAAAAGCAAAGUGGAGAUUGGCACUGAUUGUUUUCACGUUUCAUCCUUUCUUCCUUUGAGGAUGAGGUUGCUCAAAAUGUUCUUGUCAAUUGUUGAGGUAACCCUUCCCCAGGAAGCUUUGCAACCUCUUUGGACAGACAACUACAGGAAAUCUUGGAGUACAAAGUUGGAUGCUUUCUCAUCAAAUGAAGACCUUCUUCAGAUAUUUACUGCAUUGGAAGGUGCUAUAAAGAGGGAUUAUUUGUCUUCGAACUAUGAAACAACCAGUGAGCUGUUAAGUUCAAUUAAAUCUCCUGGAUUUCCCACUAAUGAUUCCAUUGAUGGUGAAAGGAUACCUGUACUUCCAUGGGUUCCAUAUACAACAGCUGCUGUAGCUCUAAGGCUCUUGGAACUUGAUGCAUGCAUCUUUUACACCUCACAGCAGAAGCUGGAGUCUCAGAAGAAUAAGAAAAUUGGAAUUGUUCUGAAGCUUCCAUCAAAACAUGCUUCUGCCAAAAGUUCCUACAAUGCUGGUGCAAUUGAAUCUUCACAUCAGGCUGAACGUACUGCCGAAAAAUGGGUUGAUCUGGGUGCUGGCCUUCCACGCCACAGCAGAGGACAAAGGACCAAACAAGGCUGUGGCGGUUCUCAUGAUGGAAGAUUGUCAAAAGGGAGGGUUGAUAGUUCAAGAUCUGAUCAUAGAAAGAGAAGGAUUACCUCUGGCAGCAGGAAAAUGGGGAAAUUGCUAGGAUGGAAAGGCAAACCUGGUGGACAAGUAGGAAAUGUUCGUGGUCGUCGGAGCACUAGAAGCAGACAGAAAGCGCCAGCCAAGGUGGGUUUUAUCACCCGUGAGAGGGAUACCCCAGAAGAUAUUGUGGAAAAACCACCUGGUAUAUUUGUCAGAGAGGAUGUGAAUCAAGGGAAACUGGAAUCUACUGCUCUAAAUGCUAGUAGUCCAGAGAGAUCAGGCUAUGAAGAUGAUAUUUAUCAAGCAAUAGGUGAUGAGGGUGAUUAUUUGGUGGAUAAUAAUGAUGGAUGUCAGGGUGGAUUUAGUGGGAAGUCCGAGAACUUAGAAGAGAGCCACUAUAAUGUACAUGUUGAUUACGAUGAUGAAGAUAGGCAAAUGGAUCUUGAUGUUGAAGAUUACAUAAUAAGGUGACUCUGAUACAGGGGACAAUUGCAGAACAAAACAUGGAUCCGGAUGGAGUGGAUUGCACAUCAUCAGACUAUAGCGAUCAAUAGUAGCACUAGUCAUGGAGAGUGACUCCACAAACGAGUCUGUAAGUUAAAUGUUGAUAUAUUUGUUUAGGAAUGUAGGAAUAGGGCAGUGAUCAUGUAUUUGACGUAGGGUUUGUAGAUUGCAAAGUUAUGAAGGGAAGUUUUUUUCUCCUGCCAUUGUAUAAAAUGUUGAACAGUGGGAGAAAUUACACGUGUUUAAGAUUGUUAAGCACUUGUGAGCUUUAAAGCAAGAUCUUGCAUACCCCCAAGAAUUUUGGUCAGAUUACUCAAAAAGGUCCAUGAAGUUCCUACAUCCAAUAUAUUUUUUAAGAGACCAAUUGAAAA